AAAAAACAAAAAAAGAGCGAAUAAGAUGAGCGGACGACACCGUAUUGGUCGAAAUAUAUGCUCAUCGCUGCAUCGAGCAUAAAAUUAAAAAAUGUCCACUAGCUCCCUCGCCCCCCAUGUUAUUUUAUUCUCGGGUAUAACGGCAGCUUCUCCUCAGUUGCGUUCUCUCUCUCCUUUCUCCCUGGCUGGGUUGGGUGCGCAGGAGCCGAGGAAGAGGACGAUGGGCGGGUUUGCGAGGGAUGUGCAGUCAAAGGCAGAGCUGGAUAACGUGAUCGGAGAGGGCGCACCCGUUAUCCUCCACUUCUGGGCUUCAUGGUGUGAAGCUUCUAAGCAGAUGGACCAAGUCUUCUCCCACCUCUCCACCGAUUUCCCCCAUGCCCAUUUCCUUAGGGUUGAAGCUGAAGAACAACCUGAGAUUUCAGAUGCUUAUUCAGUUUCUGCUGUGCCGUACUUUGUCUUCUUCAAGGAUGGCAAGACAGUUGAUACAUUGGAGGGUGCAAAUCCAUCAAGUUUGGCCAACAAAGUUGCUAAAGUUGCUGGGCCAAUCAGCACUGGAGAACCUGCAGCUCCUGCCAGUCUUGGGAUGGCUGCAGGACCCACUGUUCUUGAGUCGGUUAAAGAGCUUGCAAAAGAAAAUGGCUCUUCCAAAGUUGAAAGCCAAUUGCCCUCUGGUCUCAAUGAUGCACUGAAAAGCCGACUGCGACUGCUGAUUGACUCUCACCCAGUUAUGCUUUUCAUGAAAGGAACCCCUGAAGAGCCCAGGUGUGGAUUUAGCCAGAAGAUGGUUGAUAUUUUGAAGGAAGAAAAAGUCAAUUUUGGAAGUUUUGAUAUUUUAUCAGACAAUGAAGUACGUGAGGGUCUGAAGAAGUUUUCUAACUGGCCAACAUUUCCCCAACUAUAUUGCAAGGGAGAGCUUCUUGGUGGGUGUGACAUAGCAAUUGCAAUGCAUGACAGUGGUGAAUUAAUAGACGUUUUCAGAGAUCAUGGGGUUGAAACUUCUGAUUUUGAUGAGGCGGUAGGGACUGAAUCUGGAAUUGGAAAGGGUGGCAUCUCUGAAUCUACUGGUUUAAGCAUGACCCUAACCUCUCGGCUUCAAAGCCUAAUCAAUUCAAGCCCUGUAAUGCUGUUUAUGAAGGGAAAACCUGAUGCACCCAAAUGCGGUUUCAGCCGUAAGGUUGUUGAAAUUCUUCAACAGGAAAAGGUGGAUUUUGAAAGUUUUGACAUUCUUUCUGAUGAUGAGGUGCGGCAGGGGCUUAAGGUUUAUUCCAAUUGGUCCAGUUAUCCUCAGUUAUACAUAAAGUGUGAACUUAUUGGUGGAUCAGACAUCGUCUUGGAGAUGCAGAAAAGUGGAGAACUUAAGAGGGUUUUAGCUGAGAAAGGCAUCCUCCGGGAAGAGGCACUGGAGGAACGAUUGGGAAAAUUGGUUACUUCUUCAGCAACAAUGCUCUUCAUGAAGGGUACCCCAGAUGCUCCCAUGUGUGGUUUUAGCUCCAAGGUUGUAGAUGCCUUAAGAAAGGAGGAUGUGACUUUUGGUUCUUUUGAUAUUUUAAGCGAUGAAGAAGUGCGGCAGGGGCUAAAGGUUUUCUCAAACUGGCCGACCUUUCCACAGCUUUAUUACAAAGGUGAGUUGAUUGGUGGCUGUGAUAUUGUAAUGGAGCUGCAAAAAAAUGGGGAGCUCAAAUCUACCCUAUCUGAGUAGGCAUAGUGUGAAUCAAAUAAUUUUGAGACGAGGUUUAAUUCCUAUCUGCGUCGGAAGUGUGUUUGGUGACAUUAUACAAGUUAAGCCUUCGCUUAGUUACAUGCUUUCUGUUGUGAUCAUUUGAAAUUCCCACCACCCGUGACUAAGCCCUCUCUCUUUUGCUCUUUAUUUCUCUUGGUUACGCCGGGGCAAUCAUCUGUCUUAUUUGUGAUGACGUGGUAGAAGGGAUUGUCUUGAUUAUAUUGUAACCUGAUCAGUUGUUUCCAUCUGUUCUUGCAUGUAUUACAACAGAAACCUGCAUCAUCCAAACUACAGAUGGGUUAGAUAAAUUUAAACAAUGAGAUGGGUUGCUUUAUUUUGUUAAAA